AUGAAGUGUCUGGUAAUCACGGAAUUCAUAUCGUACGAUGAUUUACAGUUCAUCUACGACAAUUUUUUAUGUCUUCGACGCUUAGAAGUAUACAUCGAUGAUGAGGUGUCGAUAGUAGCAGACGAUUCUGUCCGAUUCGAUCGAUUGGAACACUUGCAGGAACUUAAGGUAUCGGACAAUAUUAGAAUUCGUUCCAUUCAUCGUAACAACGUUCGGUGCAUGACAAUAACCCAUAGACCGGCUGUUCUUGAUUCACGCUCAGGUAUCAAGAACUGUGAUCUUGGCUGGAUACCACAGAAGUUCCCUUUGCUGAAUAGACUGAUCCUUGAGGAAUGCUCGGUGUCUUUGGUUGCGGUCGAACAGCUACAUAACUUGCUGCCCUCGUGUAGAAUCGACUACGACAGCACACGCUUCUAG